AUGUCGGCAACACUCGUCAUCGUCACGGGCUCCUUCGCCCCGGCCUCUUCGCUCUACACGGAAUUUGCCGCCGUGCUCAAGAAGCAUGGCGUCGACGCCGUCCUCGUACCGUCGCCCUCGGUGGGCCGGCGCGAGGGUAAGCCACCAGGGUCCAAGAUGGACGACGCCGGUGAGAUCGUGCGGGUGAUGGGCGAGCUCCAGAGUUCGGGCAAGAAAGUCAAGAUGCACAGGUUUACCCGCUGGUCAUGCGGCGACCGUCAGCGCGCCCGAGAAGUUGGCUGA